AUGGUUGUUGAUAAGGAUUUCUCCUGUGAUAAUUGUCAGAGCACCAUGGAGGCUUCAACAACCUAACCACACACAGCAGGCGUGGUGGGAGAAGUCUUGAAUGGCAGACCCUAUUGCUUUCCAAGACCUGAGACUGCAGCUGUGCUGAAGCGCACUGUUGAGACUCUUAUGGAGAGAGGAGCCAUUGUGAGGAACCUAGAAAACCUGGGAGAAAGGUCUCUACCUUACAAAAUCUCCAAGCACAAGGAGCGACACAGAAGAGGAGGGUAUUUUUUGAUAGACUUAGAGGGCCCACCUUCGAUUGUAUCGACCAUGAUGGAUCAUUUAGGACGCGAUAUUGAUGUAAUUAGACGUGCUUUUAUAAAGCAUCCUGUGUCAAAGACAGAAGAAUGCAGUGGCAUAAUCCCAGUCAACUAUGAAGAUAAACUAAUUGCCAAGAAGAAGUGAAUAUUCCAAAUAGCAUGUUUGAAACUUUUUUAAAAAAAAUUUUAUUCCUGCUUUGGAAAAUGAUUGUGGUAACUAAUGUCCAUCGAAGAUAAUCAGUUUUGGCUGUGUUACAUGUGUGGUAUAGUACACUAUCUUAAGUUAUUGUAACAUUUGAAGUUUCUUUUUGUUUCAAGUAAUUUGAAUAGACUUAAUCUGUAUGCUUAUCUUGAUAUUUGACAGCUCUGAAAAUUGAUUUUCUUUUCUCUUAGAGCAUUACAUUGAUAAGGAAAAUUUAUCCAUCAUCAGAAUGCUAAAAAUAGCAUUCUUCUCUAAAGACAGAUUAUUUCAGAAUAUGUGUAUUUACAUAAGAGAUUAAGAAGUCGACAGUGUAAAUACAGCAGUAUGGGAUGUGAUUUGUUGGAGGGGGAUUUUUUUGCUUGUUUUUGGAAAAAGGUAAUAAAAG